UGGUACAACGUAGUAGCAGGCAUGUUGGCGAAGGUGAUUGAUGAUGAAGAAAGGCAGAGCGGUCAACUUCAUGAACAAGAAAUGACUUCUGCUGUUAGAUCCUUGAGCAGUGAUAGUAUAAAAACUUCACAGGAAAGAAAAAGAGUGAGCCUUGCAGCAAAAUUUGUGGAAAUUCACCCAUGUAAUAAUGCCACCAGCGGUCGGAUGAUUUCAAAGAGGAGCAAAUCACAAGAAAACCUAUCUUGUCUGGAUAGGAAACGUAAUUCAACGGGGGAAACGAUAACAAAAGAAAAAAGGGAGAAAAGAGUAAAAUAUGUUCCUUGCCCAUCCUUUAGACCAAAGAAAAAUGAUUCGAGGGAUCAUGAAAUAGAUGAACUUUUGUACUACAAACCCACCAGAGAUGUAGAAUCUCAAGAGAUAGAAGAAUAUCUUGCAGCUGUUCCAAAUACUUCCAUGGAUACCAGAUUUAACCGUGAUUUUCCUUUAACGAAAGAAAACGGUAACAGUUAUGAAUUACCAUUUUUAAAAUGUCCACUGUGUGGUUGGGAAGAUGUGAAACAUGAGCAAAUUGAUUGUAACAAAAACGAGAGAAGAAAUUAUAUUUCUUGUUCGGAAUACAAUAAAAAUCUUUCUAAUGGAUACAGUCCGUGUGCCGGAUGUGACAGAGUCACGCGUGAUAAUUUACUUUUCCGAUCCAUGGGAAUUACUGAUCUAUCAGAAUAUUUAAAAAAGUAUGUGAGCAACUCCGAGGAUUUGGAAUUUCUACAGACAUUAUCAAGACAUGCAUCUUUUGCAUCUUUGAUUACAAGACAUCCAUCUGUUGUAACUUUAAUAACAGGACUCUCUGCAAGGACAUCAAUUACUUCAGCCGUGAAACCUAUUCAGAUUACGAAGAAAUGUGCUCAUACAGAAGUAGAGCAAAGCGAAGAUCCAAAAAAGGUUUUAAAAAAUAAUAUUCCAGCAUCCAUAUCAGUUCAAACGCAAGUUCUACAGGUGGACCCUGUAGUAACUGGUAAAUUACAGUUGGGUACCAUAGAAGCUUCUACUCAACUAGUUCUGGCAGAUCCGGAUAAACAUUCAAAAGCAAUUGAAUUCGUACCAAAAGAUGUUUCUCGAGAUACGAAGAAGGAACAAGGUACAGAAUCAGAACCACUUGCAAUUGAAACGCGAUUUUCUAUUGGAAGGAAAAAACGUGAAAUAGGUGUCAACGCAAUGGAUUCUUUUGACAAAGCGGUACAAAAUACAGUUUGUAUAUCAAUUCAAACUACAGAUGAAAUUGACCAAAAAGGAAAAGAGCAAGAUAAAUAUUAUAAGACUGAUACGAUAGAGAUGAAGGAAGUAGCAAUAAAUGUGGUAGAUCAAGCUUCGAAAGGAAUACAGAGUAGCAUCUGUGUAUCACGAGGAAAUUUAGCCUACCGUAUGUCUUUUGAAAAGAUGGUAGAAUUUGGUACUACCAUGUCCUUGCAUCAAGUGCGUAGCGUCGGCUGCGUGACAGCAGAAAAGAUCAAAGAAUUCAAAUCGAACUUCGUACAAUGCGUUUCUAAAGAAAAAUUUCCUUUGGCUCGAUCCAAGUCUGAUGAUUCUGUGAAACGUUGUGCUCGGCGAGAUACGGAAUUGAAACAUUUUGUGGAAAAAGGAACACAAGAAUUUGAGGAUUCAUGUACAACAGAUACGUGUCCAUUGAAUAUACUACAUCUUAGUAGAGAUCCCGUCAUGCUCUCAGUUUUACAACAACUUCUGCAGAAAAUAUUAUUUAUACACGAGCAAAAAAUGCAAGACAAAUAUAAAUAUCGCUUAAAAGAAAAUUGUUUCAUUGACAUGGACAAAAUGGUGACAGCAAUUAAAGAAUAUAUAAUGAUGCUAGAGCCAAGUGUUAUUAGAGAUGAUGUGAAAGAAUUUCAUGAGAAGGUUGAUAAAAAGUCAUCUUUCACAGAAGUUCGAAGACGACCAAGUUUGAAGGAAAUUGGCACGUUUACCAUGUGUAAUGAUAAAUUAACCAUGACUGAAGAAGAUAUUUUCGAAUUAAUAUUGCAAUCCACAUUCAUGAAAAUGGAUAAAAGACAAGGAACCAUGGAAGACAGUAUAUUGCUAUUGGAGAAAAUGAAGAGGAAAUAUCCAAUGAUAGACAAAGAAGUUUGUACUCAUUUGAAUUGUAAAGAUGUUGGUAUCAGUGGAUCGUUAAUGCAGCUGUGCAAUCGCGACAUAGAAGUUCAAGGUGAUACUCGAUUGUUCAAGGACUCUGUAUGUGUCGCAAAGUAUGAAGAUAUAACAGAAAGAAUAAGCGUAGGUACCCAGAAACGAGAUCCGAUACUGGUUCGAGUGAUCAAGUGCAAUGAAAGUCAGGCGGUAGUAAGGUCGGAUAAAGAAACGUUAACUAUGAAAAAGGACGUACAUUUUGAAAAGAAAUGUAUAAGCAAGCGAGUAGAAACAUGCGGUCGGUCGACUUGCAUUCCGUCCACUGUUUGUAAAACAACAAACGAAGCCAAUUUAAAAUCUACUCUUCGUAAAGAGCGCGAAAAUGAAAUGAUCGAUAGUUAUGACAUAUGCGAUAUAAAUUGUAAAGGAAAAAUAUCUUAUGACUGGACUGAUGUAACAAAUGAUAUACUUUCAAAUGUUACUAAUUCGAAAAUUCCGAUAUGCAUGAGACCACUACAAAAAUAUACAUACGCUAGAAGCAAAUAAUUAAACAUUAGGAUUAAUAUAACAUAAAAUACAUAAAUAAAUCUUGUAAUAAAAAGAUAUGGAAGAUUAUUUGGGAAAUAAGUAUGAUCUUAAAAUGACUUUGAUCUCAUAUUAACUUUUCCUUUUGUAUAUUGUUAUAUUUUUUAAAUCUAUUAUUGUAUCAUUUUUUUAUUCUUUAAAAUUGUAUCUUUAAAAAUAUCUUCUUUAUAUCAGCAUAUAGAAACAGUUGUUACCAUAAUUAAAGAUCGCUUUAAACGAUCGUUCUUUAUUUUUUAAGUGAAAUCCAUUCGUAAUAGUGACUUAGUUGAAAAAUGGAUUUCUGACUACAUUUAUUUCAAGAAAAUUUUUAAUGUUACCCAAAAUCUCUAUCCUUUAUUAAAUGCUGGCACAAUAUCUGACGAAAUGGAAGGGAAAAUAAAUGAUUUCUGCACGAAAAAAUGGAGAGAUCAUUCCCGGCAUCUGCACUAUUUAUUUAAAUGUCAUCGUGUGUGGUUAGACAAAGAAAUAAAUAUUCAAGAUAUUUUAACUAAGGGAGGGAGUAAGGAAAAUACUAACAAAGAUUUGAUAAAUAGACUUUUACUUACCUCGGAUCAUCUAAUAAAGGAUUAAGUUUUAGGAACACUGUACAUUAUAUGUAUUUUUUGAUCUUUGUACUGAAUGCUUAUUCGAAUACUGUACUAUGGAAUGUGAAAACGUGGCCUACAAAUGCGCGAACGUGGACUGCGAACGUGGUCUGCGAACGUGGACUGCGAACGUGGACUGCGAACGUAGUCUGCGAACGCACGUACCUGAUCUGCGAACGUGGCGAAUAUGAUUUGCAAACGUAGUCAGCGAAUUUUGAUUUUUGUCCCAAUUUCUCAUUCAAAUGUCGCACUGUAUUGCACCUCGAAAAACCGUUAUUAAACAAUUGCCGUUUGUUAAUCGUAUUGGGGUAUCGACUAGAAUUUGUCAACCCUUAUUUGUUAUAAAUUAUGACAAGCAAUGGUAUAUUUUUCAUGUUUUUCUACAAUUGGAGAUACAUAAUAAGGGCUCAGAAGACUUGGGUUGGGAAGCAAUCUUGUUGCCUCUAAACCCUUGCGUAUUAAAAAGGUUGGAAAGACGAUAAGUCGACAGAAGGGUAUAGAAGAACAAACUUCAUUUUAUUACAUGAAAAUGUAUAACGUUCUGUCAAUUGGAAUAUUAUAUGAAAAUUAUGUUAUUUAA